GAGCUUGACAGUGCGAAUCCAUGAACGCGAAUAACGCCACAUUCAGCACCUAAUAAAUGAGUCAAAACACUUGUGAUUUCCAAAUUAAACAUCGAUUAUUGCGAUGAUAACGCAUAGUGACAAUAGUCUUAGUUUCUCAAUUAAAACAGCAUAAAGCAACUACUUGACCGUAAGCUGCUAUCCUAUUUGUAGUGCGAUUUUUUUUUCACAAACCCUAUUGUUGCCAAAAUAAAAGUGUAUCAUUCUACAAUAUAUUGAAAUGAGUGCUUUUAGUUUCAUUCAACGAAGGAAAACUGAGAAACUACUCUGUGACGAUGUAGUUAUUUGUAGCAAGAAAAUAGUUCAAACCAACUGUUUUAAAUGGAUAAUGACAACCCAUGUAAGGUAAACCCAGCUGUAAACUGUAUUGAUUAGCGAUGGGCAUCUAACUUUAGAUAAAGCAAGAUAUAUCUACAAAAGCAACGUAUUGAUAUAACCGCUGUAAAUGUUCUAAUGGAAUAACAGCAGCUACAUCGUAGAAUCAACGUACGACCACAAGAUGCUUGAUGAACCGAGAUAUUUUGUUAUGGAAUCAGAUACUCCAGAUAGUGCGAAUCUGAACACAACCGCUCCAGAACCUCUUCCAAGAGCUCAAUCACUCUUCGAUCCCAGCAAAAGUUGCAUUUCCGCUAGAAAAAAAUCUGAUUAUGUUUUAAGAAUAGACAAAAAUGGUGAUCAAACGCACGAAGAAUAUAUUCCAAAAGGACAAGAACACUUGCAACCCAAUAAUAAGAAUAAUACGGAUUACCUAACCAGGACAUCUGCGUACAAAGAACAUCAACAAAAUAGCAAGCUUCAGUCAACCUUACAUUCAAGUCAGCAACAGAUGCCACAAGGAGUGCCAAGUACGAACACAAAUUCGGGAUCAGGUUUAGGUGGAUCCUCACCUUUAGUGAUGCCAGUAUUUCCACUCAGAACUCUGCAUCCUGGGCAUGCACCUCAUUACUCCCCUUAUUCACCAUCAAGGUUUCAUAUUGACAAAAGAUGUCAGCACAGGUGUUCAUGGAAAUGUUUGGGCAUCGCCUUGAUUCUACUAUCCGUACUACUCACAGCAAUGUUGGCUUAUUUCGCUGCGACGAGCUCAAUUAAGUCCAAUAACGACUCAUCGAAUUGCAUAUUAGUUCAGGAUGUGAAGUCCAGUUCAGCAGAUCAAGUAACAUCGAAUGCAGCCAGCUCAAUUAGUAACUUUGGAUCUGUGACCGGAACUGCCGGGAGUAGUAGCGGAUCAACGAUGUUACCUACGGAGGAAUCACUUUUAACAAGCACUACAGAUCAUAAUAGUUUUUCCACAAUUAAUCAACACAGCAAUGCGCACAACAGUUUCACACAAUUCAAUCAUCAAGAUCAUCAGUUACAACAGCUACAAGUACAAGAUCAGCUUAUGUCCUCAUUAUCGACACAUAAAUGGCCAACGAUCAAUGAGUUGAAAGGGUUUAACGAACAACACCAUGCCACUAUUCCAUCUUUCCAAUUUUGGAAUGCCGAGUUUCGUAACAAACAUCCUGCAUUCAUUCAGCUGAAUUUCACUUUUCCAUGGGGUGCCAAUUUCGCUGUAUACGGACGGCGCAAUGUUGGGCCAAGUGUAACGCAGUAUGACUUUGUAGAAUUUAUUAAAGGUGGGCGAUUAGACCAUCGACUACGACGAAAAAGAAGUUUAGUGAAUGACAGUUUCGCACAAGUAGUACAGGAAAUUGCCGACAUGCAGGGACUAUCACAACAACAAUCACCCUUUGAAAUCCGUCGUUCUGAUGAUUUUAAAUUUGUCGAUCUGCACUUAGAUGAUAGCGACCAACACAUUAUUUCGAAACGGUCAUCGGAUAGCGACGUACCUAAAUUAGAUGUAGAUUCAAUGACAGUUAAUGUAACCAUUUUACAAUACCUAGACGUCGGCCGGUGGUUUCUGUCCGUGUAUAACGACGAACUUCUACCAUACAGUAUUUCAUUAAUAGUUGAUGAAGCAGAAGGAAUUCGAACAACUUGUCCCAAUGAUUGUUCUGGGAGAGGAUCUUGUUAUCUAGGAAAAUGCGAUUGUAUCGACGGCUAUCAAGGUCACGACUGUUCCAAAAGUGUGUGCCCGGUGUUAUGUUCAUCUCACGGUCACUAUGGCGGUGGUGUUUGUCAUUGCGAAGAAGGAUGGAAAGGAUCUGAAUGUGAUAUACCAGUGGCUGAAUGUGAACUCCCUAGUUGCUCCAAUCACGGACGAUGUAUCGAAGGAGACUGUCACUGUGAACGAGGUUGGAAAGGAUUGUAUUGCGAACAACCUGACUGUAUUGAUCCAUCAUGUGCUGGUCAUGGUACGUGCGUUUCGGGUCAAUGUUACUGCAAAGCAGGCUGGCAAGGAGAUGACUGUAGUAUCGUUGAUCAGCAAGUGUAUCAAUGUCUUCCGACAUGCUCUGAUCAUGGCACAUACGAUCUAGAAAUGGGAUCCUGUGUCUGUGACCGUCAUUGGACUGGGAGUGACUGCUCGCAAGCUGUGUGUAGUCUAGAUUGCGGUCCCAAUGGAAUAUGUGAAAGUGGCCGCUGUCGUUGCAAUCAGGGAUGGACUGGGAAUUUAUGUGAUCAAUUGAUAUGCGAUUCCAGAUGCUCAGAGCAUGGUCAAUGCAAAAAUGGAACUUGUGUUUGCUCGCAGGGAUGGAAUGGUCGCCAUUGCACAUUGCCUGGAUGUGAAAAUGGAUGUUCUCGCCACGGACAAUGCACACUAGAAGAUGGUGAAUAUCGAUGUGUCUGUAUUGAAGGAUGGGCUGGAACUGACUGUUCAAUUGCAUUGGAAAUGAGCUGCAAAGAUAACACAGAUAAUGAUAACGAUGGAAUGACUGACUGCUCCGACAGUGAAUGCUGCACACAUCCAAUUUGUACUGAGCACAUAAUGUGUCUAGCAUCGAACGAUCCCGUUGAAGUGCUACUUAGAAAACAACCCCCAUCUGUAACUGCUUCUUUCUACCAACGCGUGAAGUUCCUUAUCGAAGAAAAUUCUGUGCAGUCGUAUGCUCAUAUGGACGAAUACAGUGAAAGUGAGUUCUGGAACUCUUUCACACCGUGUCGUGUAUCGGUUAUGCGAGGUCAGGUGGUUACACCCCAAGGACUCGGUAUCAUUGGCAUACGUGUAUCGGUAGACCGAGACUCGAGAUUCGGUUUCACACUUACUCGACAAGGCGGUUGGUUUGAUGUACUAGUGAACGGAGGAGGAGCAGUUACUUUACAAUUCCAACGCUCACCAUUUCGACCUCUUACAAGAACAUUAUUUGUUCCAUGGAAUCAAAUUGUUGUUCUUCCACCUGUACAAAUGCAACUAAGCGAUGAAGAUGACCAGUCAAGAUCAACUUUCAAACCAAAAUUGUCGAGUCCGACCUACAGCUUUCUCAGUACCGCCCAAUAUCGUUUUCUUGAAGACAGUCCAUCUCCGGCAGCAGUUUGUCUUGAACACGAUCAUGAAUUGCUAAGACCCCAACUUAUGAGUACGUGGAUGCCCAAUGGUGUCGGAUCCAUACCAGGCAAAAGUGUUAUUUUUGCAGAGACACAGAUUGUGCAGGAAUCAGUAAAAAUCUCAGGUUCAGAGCUUCAUCUAAUGUAUCAAUCUUCACAAGCUUCCGGUUACAAAAGCGUUGUACGAAUGCAACUGACACAUGAUAAAAUUCCUGAAACCCUAACUCACGUUCACAUUGGUGUGCUAAUCGAAGGAUCACUUCAUGUGAAAACCUAUGAAGCUGACCCAAAUUUGAGGUACAUUUUUGCAUGGAACAAACGAAACGUCUACAAACAAAAAGUAUAUGGAGCAGCAGUAGCAAGGAUAUCUAUUGGAUAUCAACACUCUACUUGUAAAGAUAUUAUAUGGGAAACUCAAACAACCAAACUACAAGGAUUCGACGUAGAUAUUUCAGAUAUUGGCGGAUGGGGUUUAGAUAUACAUCAUCAUUAUAAUUUCCAUGAGGGUAUUCUACAAAAAGGCGAUGGCACAACUCUGCAUUUAAAGGAAUAUCCCCGAAUCGUGAGGAAAGUCAUGGGCGAUGGCCAACAACGGCCAUUAAACUGUAAAGAUUACUGCAAUGGAAUAUCGAAGCAUGCUCGUCUUUUAACUCCGGUUGCUCUAACCUCAGGACCAGAUGGAAGCCUCUAUGUGGGCGAUUUCAAUCUGGUACGUCGCAUCACUACCAAUGGCAGUGUUUUCACAAUACUUGAAUUAGAAACUACUCAGGUAGCUUACCAAUACUAUUUGAGUGUUUCUCCCGCGGAUGGGCAUCUUUACAUAUCUGAUCCAGAGAAACACAAAAUUUUGAGAGUGGUACAGCUAGAAAAUGUCCCAGAUCCUACUACUAACAGUGACGUAAUAGUAGGAAGUGGUCAGAGAUGUAUUCCAGGGGAUGAAGAAAAUUGUGGAGACGGUGGACCAGCAAAACAGGCAAGACUAUCCCAUCCUAAAGGAAUUGCUAUUGCAGCCGACAAAACAAUGUAUAUUGCCGAUGGAACGAAUAUACGUGCAGUGGAUCCCAAAGGUAUAAUUCACACCUUAAUUGGUCACCAUGGGCAUCACAAUCACUGGAGUCCGGCUCCCUGUCGUGGAGCAUUGCUUGCAACUAGAGCGCAACUGCAAUGGCCAACAGGGUUAGCUCUAAAUCCAUUGGAUGGUACUCUUCACUUUAUCGAUGACAGACUCGUCUUGAAACUUACUGCUGACAUGAAAAUCAAAGUGGUAGCUGGUGUACCUCUACACUGUAAUACUGAGAAUGAACAUAAUAAAACAUUAUCUAAUGAUGUUCUCGGUACGGUGGUGGCCAUAGCUUUUGCACCAUCAGGCGACUUGUACAUAGCAGAUACCGAUUCAAAGCGAAUAAAUUCCAUUCAUGUGGUAGAUUCAGCUGGCACUAUGCGAUCGUUUGCUGGGAAGUUGGAAACCGGAAUGCAAUCGUGUGAAUGUACAAACGGUGUUAUCAACAAUAAAAAUGAUAGGAAUAAUAACUAUAAUACUAGUACACCAACGUUAAUGGAAUCCACUAAAUAUAAUGGAAAUGAUGUGUCCGGGAAUCCCGCUUCUGUACUGCAAAAUCCAUCUGUUAUGAUGAUGAUGACUGGAUGUCUGUGUGAUAAUUACGGCAAUUUCAAUAGCUUUGUUCCUAUUGGUGGCGGCAGCAGUAGAAGAAAGGAUGAUAUAUCAGCAACACAACAGGAAACAAUAUUAUCGUCAAAUAUAAAAUUUCACGCAAUUUCGGCUAUUGCAGUAGCUCAAGAUGGUGUAAUCAAUAUAGCAGAUCAAGGUUCUUUACGCAUAUUGGCGCUCCAACACUACUUGCCACAACACGAUACUAACGGAGAAUUUCAAAUUCCAUACACACCGACGAACGAACUGUAUGUUUUUAAUCGUUAUGGACAACAUGUGGCUACUAAGGAUUUACCUUCGAGUAAAACACGGUACUCAUUCCUGUACUCAAAAAAUACCAGCUUUGGAAAAUUAUCGACUGUUACGGAUAGUUCAGGAAAUAAAAUUCAAUUCCUUCGUGAUUAUAGUAAUGUGGUGAGCUCAAUAGAAAAUACACAAGAUAAUAAAUCUGAAAUAAAAAUAUCAUCGAACGGCAUGAUGACGAGAAUUAUUGAGCGCAAAGGUAAUACUGAAUUACAAUUCGACUACGACAGUAACAGUGGACUAUUACUUAGUCGAACUGGUUAUGGUGAAACUUUUAUUUACUAUUAUGACGAAUAUGGACGCGUCACGAGAGUGGUUCUACCAAGCGGAGAAAUUUUGAAAAUAACGACAGUUUUAGGAGAUAAAAAUGAGGACUUGGGAGUACAAGUGAGUCAGAGCAUCCAUUCACAGUUUUCACAAGAACAAGCAACUCCAACCGUAUUUUCUUUAUCGGGAGGUAUAACAAAUGCGGUUAUUGCGAAGGAUGCCAGAAUGACAUUUGCACAAAUCAAUCAUAUCAACAACUCGCUCUCAGUUUUUUGUACUGAUGGAAUCACUUUAGAAUCGUCAGCUGUUGUUGCUCAUCCAUAUUUGGAAAAAAUGAUGCCAAUCGAAGCCGAAAUGCUGCCAAUGUGGUCUCAUCAGGUUGUUAAUAUGGGUAGUAAUUUCAAAAAUUCAAUGUAUUCAAAAUACAAUUAUGUAGACGUCGAUAAUAACCGUGUACCGCAGCAACGGUUCAGCCGUGAGAUCUGGGUGAAUAAAAGCAGAGUGUUGCAAAUUAAUUAUGAGCAACUGCAAAACCGCGAACUGUUCAUUAACAAGUAUGACGAAAUCGUUUUAACAGUAUUGUACGAUCCGUCGGGCCUUCCAUUGUCAUACUAUCCCGGUGGUGAAAAUAGUAACUUCUUCCCACUCAAUUUUACGUAUGAUCGAUUUAAUCGCAUUGAAAGUUGGCAAUGGGGCCCUUCUGAGUUAAGAUAUAAUUAUGAUAUGAAUGGGCUUUUAUCCGAAGUAACUAGUCAACAAGACGGUAUUAUAUCAUAUAAUUAUAAUGAACAGAAUCUCUUGUCGGAGAUCGCUUUAGGCAGCCAACGAAAAUUCACGAUAUCCUAUGAUAGUAAUGGAGGAUUACGGCACAUUGUGCUUCCAAGUGGUACUAAACAUUCAUUCAGUAUUCAACCUUCGAUAGGGUUUAUAAGAUUUACGUAUACGCCACCAGGCAGUAACAAACCUUACCUACAACAUUACUCUUAUGCUGGUGCUUUGUUGCAAACUAUUUACCCAGGAGAUGGUGCUCGUAUUAUUUAUCGUUACAAUAAUGCAAAUCAAGUAUCAGAAAUUAUUCAUGGUGAUGGACGCAGUGAAUUUACUUACGGAACUGCUUCUAGCAUGCCGUCGGCGAUUAUUCACACCGAACGAGACUUGGAAUACCGUUGGGACUUUGAUUAUAUCGGCGUUCUUCUAGUGGAAGAACGUAUAGACUUUUCUGCAAAGACUGGAUUGUCUAAUGCAAAAUUCAGCUAUGAAUAUGACAACAACUUUCGUUUGAUCUCUAUUCAAGGGAGGAUCGGAGGACAAAAUUUGCAUAAUCAAAACUUUCAGUACAACGAAAAGACUGGCAGUUUGUCUCAAAUUGGACAGUUUAAGGUUUCUAAUCCAACACUAAACCAAACUACUGUGGGUGAUGGAACAGCUACAUUCUCUCGUACAAUAGAUGCUCGCUUUUUGGAAACCCUUAUUACUGUUACAAUUCACCGAAUGGCUGUUUUCAGAAUGGAGUUCACGCAUGAUAUGCACGGAAGAAUAUCUCAAACACGCACAUACACACGCAAUGUAGGUGUUAAUACUUAUACUAACGUAAAAAACUAUACCUGGGACUGUGACGGUCAAUUAAUUGGCGUUGAAGCUCAGGAACCAUGGGGCUUCCGUUAUGAUGAUAAUGGCAAUAUGCUUUCGCUCACAUAUCGUGGGAAUACAAUACCGAUGGAAUACAGCAGCACAGAUCGAAUUUUGAAGUUUGGCGAAGGACCGUACAAGUAUGAAGUUCGUGGUUUAGUAGCACAAAAUGCUCGAGAAGAACGAUUUCAUUACAAUACGCAAGGUUUACUCAUACGGGCUACUAAGAAAGGUCGCUUUGAUGUACGUUAUUACUACGAUCAUUUGAAUCGUAUGACUACCAGAAAAGAUAAUUUUGGCAAUGUGACACAAUUCUUUUAUACAAAUCUAGAACGAAUAAAUGAAGUGAGUCAGAUUUAUUCACCACGAGAUGGUAAACUUAUGUCCCUCGUUUAUGAUGACCGUGGACAUAUAAUUUAUGCACAAGUAUACCGACAUAAAUACUACAUAGCGACGGAUCAAUGUGGCACCCCAGUAAUGAUGUUUAAUCAGUAUGGAGAAGGAAUCCGAGAAAUUAUGCGUUCGCCGUAUGGUCACAUUGUGUACGAUUCAAAUCCGUACCUCUAUAUGCCAAUCGACUUCUGCGGAGGAAUUCUUGAUCAGGUUACAUCGUUAGUACACAUGCCGAAUGGUAAAGUCUACGAUCCACUUAUUGGGCAAUGGAUGACACCGAACUUGGAGAAUGUAGACCAACGAAUUAAAAAUCCAACUCGUCUGCAUUUAUACCGUUUCAAUGGCAAUGACCCAAUUAACAGUGAACACAGCGGAUAUUAUCCAGAAGAUCAUCUUGUUUGGAUUAGACUCAUGGGAUACAAUAUUAAAAAUCUUAUUCCGCAAACGAAUGAGCGAUUGUACUGGCAAAACAAUCCCUGGAGUCAAACAAAUGCACCACCAUUCACACCGCCAAUUAUGCAACAUAGCCGUCAAGCAAGCCCCGUAUCAAUUGAAUCGGGAUUUUUGUCCUACCUUUUACUAAGAAAAACGAGAUCUUUAUCUGAUCUCACAACACCUCUUAAGUCAGCCCUCAAAUCGAAUACCAUGAACGCUGAAUCAUUUGAAAUUGGUGCUGCUUCAGAUCCUCCAUUCGGCAAGGGUAUUGUUGUGUCUCGUACAUUGAAAGGAGAAGCGAUCGUGUCAAGCGUCCCUACAGCUAAUCCUAUUUAUCGCGAUGUGUACACAUCGGUAUUCAAUAGAACACAUCUAUUGCCGUUCACCUUCGUCGUGCAUAACUCGUUACAAGAUGCAUUUUUCUUUGUAAAAGAAGAUGGCUGGAAAUCGACUGAAGAUCGACAACAGCUUAAACGCUUGCAAGGACAAGUAAAUACUACAUUUCAUGAAACAACUCGGGAGAAUGGUAGUGGAAACAACCAUUUAGAUGUAAAAUUACACAUACAAAAUGCAGUUAUUAAUCUUAAAUAUGGCACAACAAUAGAAAAGGAACGCCAGAGACUUAUGCAUCAUGCAAAACUUCAAGCUGUGAGAAAAGCAUGGCAUAGAGAAAAAGAAUUACUGCGAAAUGGACUUAUCAGUAGUUAUGACUGGACACAAUCUGAAACAGACGAUAUUAUUAAAAACGGUUACGCCAAUCUUUAUGAAGGUGAAUACAUACACGAUAUAGUGCAGUAUCCAGAGAUGCUUGAGGACCCGUUCAACAUCAGAUUUGUGAAAAAAAAGACUAGUCAAUCUCGUAAACGAAAACGGAGAGAUAUGAUCGCGUUUAGUGAUUCAAGACAGAUUCUGGACUCUACAUCUAUAGACAGUGGGUGUUAGCUGGCACAGUUCGAUACGUUUGAUGGGUAACCUGUAUUAUAAUAGUAAGCUCACCAUCUGUCCAACCCAAUCCUUCAACAAAUCUCGCAUGGUUCCAAAACGUGACCGAAAAUAUUUCAUAAACAGACAAAUGGUGAUUCGAGCUUAUGAGACUGUUGUCAUGAGUUAAUAGGCUAUACAGUAGAAAUAUAGAAUAAAACAAAAAAUAUGAAAAGAAUGUGUGAGCAGAUAUAGUUAUUUACCGCAAAUAGUAGACAUCAGAAAGAGGAUUCAGUAAAAAAUAGAGGAAAUAUUUAGUGACUAUAUGAAUUGAUUCAUAUACCUAUAAAAUACAAAGAAAAUCAAACAAAAUGAUAUUAGUUCACUGAAUAAUUGGAUAGCGUUUGAUCCUAUAAAUUUAGCAGAUGGAUCUACUCAUCCGCUGAUAAUUAAGGAAUUCUAUGUUUUUUGAAAACUACGCAUGUUUUAGUGCCGAAAAGUGGUUUAAGUUGAUGGUUGUUUCUUCUAAUAUGAAAAAUGAAAGCACAAAACAUGACAAUCUGAUUAUUAUUUUAUCGAUUUCCUCCUGCAAAGUACAGUAUUAACAUUGAAACUCAUUAUGAGAGAUGCUGAUGGCAUCGUUUGCAAAACUCUCUUUAUUUUAGACGAACAUGAGUUGUAAACCAUUUCGUAUUUAUUUACUCAAAACAAUGUGAUUAAAUUGAUAAAAACGUGUUUAAUCCACCUAGCAGUGAGAUGAUACCUUUUUUUAUCAAUCUGCAUGUGUUUUUUGCAUUAAUAUUCUUCAGUGUUAAAGUUUUCAUGACAUUAUUUUAAUGACCUUCGUUUUAAGCGACAAUUUGAGAUUUUAAUCACUCAUUACUCUGUCGAAAUUGCAAAUCGGAUCGAAUUUGAAUCUAAAAGUGUGAUAAUCGAUUAAACAUGCCAUGAUAUGUAAGUUCCACUUUAGAGUUUACGGUAAUUUAAGAUACUUCCAGAGCCGGUAUUCAGGAACCAGCAUAACUCAAACCGAUAGGUAUGGCCAUAUGACGAAUAAAUUACAACAGUUUUGAGUCCAACUUUGAAGCUUUUCGGGAUUACCAUCUUCAAUAUCGGUUUGAAUUUAAAAAAUUCAUUAAUUCGAGAACCGGAAGUCAUAAUUGGAUAAAAUUAAUUAUUUUUGGAUGUAUGUAUAAAAUUAAUUAAUUUUCUAUAUAGGUUUAUUUUAAUUUGAAUUUUUGUUUCUGAAAUUUGAUUAGGCUUUUUUUUAGAAAACGAUUGAGCUUUGAGAAACGAUUUUAUACUGGAACCGGAAUUCUAAAAUCGGUAUGGCCGUAUUUUAGCUGUAUAGUUUACAUUUGUUUCAAAAUCUUUGAAAAUCAGUGAAGACAUCUUCGAGAAAUCAUAGCACGAAUUAAAAUUUUAGGUGCCUUCUGAAUCGAAAACUGAACACCACUAAAACUGAAAAAAGUUAAUUUUUUUAUCGACUAUCCAAAUCUGCUAACCCGAUAAACCUGAUUAAUUUAUGUGGAAUAGACAUUUUUAUACCAAUCAGCCUGUAUCCCCAAAACCGGAAGUUGGAUUUGACUGAAGAGCAAGAUGUUUUAUAGAAUCUUGAAACUUUUCAUUUGAAUCUUAGAUCGGUUUAGCCAUCUACGAGAAGAAUGAGUUACACAAUUUUGAUUUCGUUUCACAUCCUGUAGUUCCGGAACCAGAGGUCGAACAUUUGUUCAGUUCGUCGAACUGAAUCGAUUGGUAUAUGUCAUUCGGCCCUCCUCGGCCUAGGAAAAAUUUUCUAAAGUUUGAGCGAAUUCUAUACCUAUUUUUUAUAUACAUAAAAAAGGUAAAAAUCACAGUUUGCUUCUGAUAGCAGAUUGAUCUUGAGUUAAACAUAAUUUCACUUCUUAUAGUUGUAGCAUUCAUAAUUGUUAUCGUAAGAACAUAACAAUACCGCACUAAACAUUGAACCUUGAACCUACCUUGUAGAAAAAAUUGACUCACAAACUAUAAUAGCGGAUACAACUCAGCAUUUUUUUUAUUCAAUUGGCUAAUUUUUAACUUGAUCUUUUAGUAGCAUGAUUUAACAAAAACAAUCACCUUUGAAAUCUACUAUAUAUUACGUCAUUACACACAUUCACUAUUUAUUUCACAAUAUUUAUUAUUUUGCAGUACGGGAGACCGGGUCGGAAAUGGUCGCUGUUUUUUUUUUAAUUUUAUAAUAUAAGUUUAAAGGCACACUGCUUAAGCUCUAAGAUUCCGAGGCCAUUGACUAUAUUUUAAAUAUGUAUAAUACAAACUUCAAUAAUACACAUUAUUCCUGAAUACGUAUCUGUAUUAUGACGUUUGAUAUACAUAUUUAGUAUAUUGUGAAAUAAAUAGUGCAGUGUUAGGAAGAAAUCUAAAUUUCGAAAAUCGUCCAAAGUUUUUCACAAGUGAUUAGAAAACCAAUCAGAGACAUGUUAUGCUGCUGAUUAGAAAUAUUACCCAAUUUAACUUGAAAAUUGUACGCAGAAAUAACAGGAGCGCAGGUUAUCGCUUCGCCAAUUCAAGAGCGUCAGGCUCAGAUGCAGCGUUUGAGUGUUUCAGACAUGGUGACAAUGCUGCGCUGCUGUUACUUCUAUGAAUCAAAUUCAUUGUAAUUAGCGUUUUAUUGGGUUUAAUUUGAACAGUGCAGUGGUAUAUGCCAGCUGGAAUUAAAACAGCCUUUCGUCGCUAUAAUCACUAUUUGGAAUGUGGAAAAAAAAUAUUGUUGUUCAUAUUGAUCACCCCACGUGCAUCGAACAUAUUGCAGUCAUUAUUUCCCAGUUUGCGAAUUUAUACCGUAGAGAUUUUUUUAUUGCUGAAAAUAUAAUAAUUAAAUUUUGUACGAAUCUCUUCUGUGUCGAACUGAAGCGUAAAGGAAAUUCAGCAUCGAAAUAUCUUUAGAAAUAUUUCUGUGAGUCAUUAAAUUUCGUUGACACGAAAUUUCAUUUGUGAACUUCGAGGUUCUGAGCUUUGUGGGUGCUUGUUUCAUGAAUGAAAAUCUCGGAAGUGAUUUUUUCAGUACCUGAUUUUUUUUUAGAUAUUGCUCUUGAACUGAUUUUUUCACGAGUGAUAACGAAAUUAACUUUUUUCUGAUCAUGACAAUGGUAAUGACAUUACAUAUACUAGAAUUCAAAGAUGAUACAAGUAUUAUUCUUGUUUAUUCAAAUGUUACGAAAUUUAAACCUCGUUUAUCGAUACAUACAGCUUUCAGUUACCGUGUGAAUGUUCAAAUGAAUACUCAAACUAAAACUCAAGAUUUGCUAGCAUCAAACGACGUUGUAUUAUUAGGUCGAAAUGUGAUUUAUGAUCUCUUUACGUUACGUUAGUCAUUUUUAUCAGAUGCAUUACUUACAUUCAACAGGCUGCAUAUUUAUAUCAUUUUCGAAGCUUAUACAGACCUGUAGUUUUUUAUAAAUAGAUGCACACAAGGUUUUCGUUAACGUUUCUCACACUUGACUAACUUAAUAGAAAGAAAUGUGGUUUUAUGAUAAUUCAGAGAGAUAUUUUGACACGUGCCUACGUCCUUACGGUACACCUGCGUACAUUUUCGAAAUUUCACAUCACAAGAAUGUAACGAAAUUACUCCAGAUUUGAUUUCUUAAUAACUUUUUCCUUGUUUGAACAUCUAGUGCGCAGCCCACCGACACGUCAAGACAGUAGCACUGGUACUUCGCAUUCAAGGAAAAUAUCAUUAACAGUAUUUUUCAAGUUUUAGCUUUGUGCACCGUUAGUUUCACAAACAUUCAGCUACUGAUCAUUCGUAUUUGUGAAAACAACACCGAAUAGUGUUCAACAAUAGAGAAAAUCAAAAAAAUCGGCCAUAAAUAUUUUCCAGAGAGCGUUGAGAUUCAUUCUUCUGUUGAUAUAUGAAUAUCAAAAAUAAAAUUAUCAGUUCAACGUAAUCCGUAAAGAAAUAUCGGUUUCUAGCACCGUUCGCGAUUCUAAAACAUUCCCCGGAAAACUAUUUCGUCGGAAAAUUUUUGGCAGAAUGAACCGUUCCCCAGAAAAGCACUUCCCAGAAUGAACUAUAUUCCUGAAAAAUGAACCCCCUAAUAUACUGUUUCCCAGAAAAGCAUUCUUCAGAAAAGAGAAAUCUGAAGUCUUUUCCCCAGAAAUUUAUUGCCUAGAAAGUAAAAAAACAUGAAAUUUUUCCCAGAAUGUACCGAAACCCAGAAAAUCAUACACUCGAAGGUUACAUCCCGUUUCGACAACGGUAAUUAGAUAUACGAUCAUUUGACAUAACUCGCAUUGAAACUAUAAACCUUUUUAUUUAAACAUAAAAUGCAUCAACAUGAAAAUAUGUAUCAGAACAAAUUGGCUCAAAUGGCACGUUCCCCUUGAUAAUCGAAAAGAGCGACAUCAGUUCUAUUUUCCAUAGCUGUUUUCAAGAAAUUUUCUUUUUUCAUGAGCUAUUCAGUUCUACGGUUGAUUGGCAGAUCCCCCUAUAAAUACCGCAAAAACUCUGCCGUCGUAGACUGCUCUUAUUGUUGAAAACAUUUAAGAACAUUGUAAAACGUCACAUUACUCGAUUUUUCUUUAUUAAAUUUAUUGUGGAAGCCUUCAAUGGCAUUAGAAGUCCGAGGCAAAUCAUUCAACGUACUAUGGCACGUAGUCCAAACAGCUGGUGGAAAACAAGCAGAAAAAAUUUAGUACCAUUUUUUGUCUUACCGAGUUCUGGAAAAAAAUGGUGCCAUUCUAUCUGGAGCAUGUUGUCUAACUGCAGCCAGGCCCUCUGGUACUUCUUGGGGUUCCAAGAAGGCCAAGGCCUGGGUCUGCUGAAACGAAAGUUACAUAUUUAUGCUUUUAGCAUAUUCACCAACGAGCCCGAGUUUUUGUAUACGUUUCCACCAGUUCUUAGUCAGAUGGAAGAAGCAUCCAAAUUGAGCACUAUCUGGAAACACCCUUUUGAUUGCGUUCAUUUCUGCGGGUUCAAAAUCAGUCAGAAUAACUUUCGGGUUAAAAUCAAUUUGCUUGUCGGUGCAGAUAUUCUUCAAAAUUAUUAAGCUUUUUUUUGUACGUGGAUUCGCAUUUAUCCGGUAAAAGAAAAUGCACGAAAGGCAGAAACUUCCUACGUACGCCAACUCCAACUGAGUCAUGUAUAGUAAAACUUUGACGAAAAUUUGUUGGAGCUGUUGAAAAUGUUCCGUCCAGAAUAAUUGUAUGUGAUUGACAUAGACUAAAUCAUAGUCAUCAGGAUCCAUUGGUAAAACUGCAUGAGCACGCUGACGUUGACAAAGUCUGCGUUGCGCGGUUUUUGAUAUUGUUGUUUGAACCUGAAAUAAAAGGUAAUUAAUAAUUUUUAAAUCUUUUUCCAUCAUAAAAUUUUGGAAUCCAUAUUAAAAAAUUAAAAAAUAUUCUUUAACUAAUUUUUGAAAUAGUAUAAUAAAAUUGUACAUUAAAAGUGUAGUUAUUGAAAUAUUUUAUCUUCUAUUUGCUUUUAUAUAUUAUCAUCUGAGCACGUGGUAUUACUCACUUCAGUAAGAAAUUCUGCAGCACACAGACUUAUGAUUUUUUUCUGGAUGCUCUGAACCCUCGUGAGCUUUUCAAUCACUUGACACAAAUUAUCGUUAGAAGGUUCUUUGUUUUCAAAGCCAAAAAAUUGUUCCGCCAUGGUUGAAAUUAAAUUCACACUUUGCGCGAUACUCUUAAAGACUGUGCUUCUCAUAUCGAAGAUUUUUCUGAUAUAAUUGCAAUUAUUUUUCUUCCUAUUGUGUUAGAAAUAAUCAGAAGAAUCUAUUGUUUCAACUAUGUACUUACAUCAUUCGAAACCUUUAUCACUAGAAGAUUCACGAUAUGAUAAGUAAUUGAAACAAUAUAUCCAUACAAUUUAUUGUUAGUACAAGCACAAUAGACCGAAGUUACGACAAGAGGCUAGUUUGCUACUAUAUACAGUGGCAUAAAGUCAUUUAGUAUAAAGAUCCUUUCCGGUUAGUCAUUGGACGACUCGGACUACAUAACCGCCACCGAGGUUGCCUUGUCCUCGCAGUGAUAUAAAAUUUCAAAAUAAAUACAAAAAGGCGGCUUCGCCGCCUUGUUGUCUUCUAGUGCGAGGGCCAAAGGAUAGCCCCUAGCUUUGAGUAGACCUAGCAAACGAGUGGAUUACAGGUUUGCUUGCGAGCGGCCGCCGCUUCCGACUUUAUGGCAAGUGGCGUUAUGCCAAACGGGCUCGCAUUUACCUUAGUUAGGAGCGAGAUUUGCGGGGAAUCCGCGAUAGACACAAUUGGGUCGUGCGCCCAAAUAACGGAAGAAACCAUUUUUUUCUCGAAUUAUGGUUUUUUUCAGGGAGAUACUUUUCUGGAAAUUAGUUCGUUCUGGAAAAUGAUUCUCGUGGGAUUGGUUUAUUCUGGCAGAUGUUUUUCUGGCAAAAAAAUUAUUCCGGUAAACGUUAUUCUGGGGAAUGUUAUAUCUGGGAAAUGAAUUCUAGGAAAUGGUUUUCUAGGGAAUAGUAUACAACCGCAUAGGUUCAAUAAAAUCAUCUAUUCGACCAUUUUAAAGACCUGAAAAGGAUUUCAAAGAGCAUUACGAUAAUUCUGUUCAUAGCUUUUUGCGGCCAUUGGGAUUGCCCAUAUGGAUUAGAGUGAAAUAGAAACUGAACUAUUAACGUUUAAAAUCUGAUAAUUUUGAUACAUUUGGUUUUUGUGGGAAGUCUCUGAAUCAUAUAACAGUUUACAAUGCAUUGUCUUGGGUUAACCAACAUUACGCUUUCUCAAGCAUUCAUUUUGUAGACAAUUUAAAUACAAUGGUUUUACUUACAAGCUUUCCUUUCUAUUAAAUUCAUUUAGAACACAUUGCAGAACUCGUUAAUUUAUUACCGAUGUUCCAACUGCUGACCGUUUGGUAUUAAAAACUGAAAUGAUUACAAAGUGUUCGGAGGAGAAGUUUCCGUUACUUAGUUCAACACCACAGAAACCUUUUGUGAACGCUGUAACUAACAUAUUGUUCGACAAAUUGAAUAAUAUAUACGCAGAAAAAUUUUAGUAUAAUCCAGACCUAUUUUCGAGAUAUACUCCCCUCUAUGCAAAAAAAAUCAUAUUGAUGUGUUUAAGAAUACAAUAAACUGUCGAAUUUUUUUCAUGUAAUAGUCUAAUUACAUCAUGGACUAAUAUUCAAAAUUCACUCUUUUCAACUGAUUAUCCCAAAAUCCUCUCUAUUUAAAUUUACAGCGAAAUCGAAUCUAAGUGUGCAAUCUUCGUCUGAAAACAGUUAUUCUGUGCGAUAAUAUACCUUUAUAAGCAGAACUGCUUUUUGAUUUGAGAUAAAGCUAAGAAACAACCAUUAACUAAAACGGUAAAUGUCAGUAUAUAUUUAAAUUUUAUUUUGAAUUUUAUUUGCAUUUUUAAGGUGGUUGCCAAAACUAGAAGCAAACAAAAAGAUACCUUUUUAAUGACCAAAAUUUAUUGCAUAAAGUAGUGCAACUUCUUUAAGUAAACUGUAAAUAUUAGAACGUAAUAGUAUACAAAUGUGAACUAUCAGAACACUGCAAAAGUGUAAACAAUGACUGUAAAAUACUAAAAUAAAAAGUAUUAGCUCUAAGAACAUAACGCAAAGAAAACAGUAGCAAGCAGACACAAUAAUUUCGGCAUCAUAUGGCUCGAUAUUGCGAAUCAGGUGGACCUCAUUGGAUAGAGUUAUAGUAUUGAAUGUGCUCCCGUGCAAUAUCGAGGUAUAUAUUUCCAAAAAUAAUGCUAGUAUCGCCACUGUUCUCUUACCAUGUUUUGUAGAAUAAACUAGACGAUUUUUGUCAUACUGUAAAUGUUCAAUUUAUAAAAUUAGCUUACAUUAUGUGGAUAUUAGGAACACAACAAAACAUACAAAUUGUACAUACAAUCUAGAGAUUAACAAUUGAAUGGAGAAUAUGAAGAAUUAAUUAUAAACCAAUUGAUGUUCUUUUCGUCGAAAAAAUAACUACAAUGGAAACUUGUCGGUAUAAGCUGCUCUGUAAGAGAAAGGUAUCACAUUUUAUUGAGAGAUUUGCAGCUUCAAAUUUUAUUUGUAAACUGAGUUGGAAAAUAUAAAAUAAAAUAAAGAUCAUCUUCAAACCACUUUAAAAACUA